AUGGCAUUAGUUCAACCUAUCACCCCCUUAAUUAAUCUUGAUGUAAAAGCUGCACCUGAAUCAAGAACCACCCUUCUCAGUUUAGCCCUAAAGAGAAACCGUGAGCACCAAGGUCAGGAAGCACUCUCGCCUCUUGAUGCCAUUCGAUCACGCAUUAUGGAACAGAGAACUUUAUCCCACUCGAAGUCUCUUUCUUCAACCCCACCGCCCUCUAAUUCGAUUCUUCAAUCUGGCGAAAGUUGCGUUGUGAAUACUGUCGACACGGAAGACACUUUCUUUGUGUACCCCGAUAAAACAGUGGACGAAAUGCAGGAAGAUAAAGAUCUUAUUCAAAUAUAA